AUGGAAGAUCAAUUUCGCAUGGAAGAUGGAAACGAUCUUCCACCUCCAUACUCGCCGAUUGUGAAUCCAGCCAGCAGCGCCUCAGUCCAGGUCUCAGACGCAAGGCCUUCGUCCAUAUUCUCGUCUCACGUAGCCGGUCUCCGAAGCGAAAUCAGCACCUCACAAGCUGCUCGAGCAUCGGCCAGGGAUGAUCGCGACAGCUACGUAUUAUCACUCAUCGUGCCCUACAUGGAAGAUUUCUUGUCCUCGAUUUCAGAGAUCCAUCCGACGCCGAGGCUUGCGGAAGCGACGUUUGUGCCCGAUGCAGCGAUCGGCGAGAGCUGGAAGUUUAGCGACGAGGAUGAAAAGCGCGCGGGCGAAUUUAGGACGUUGAUUCGCGUGCGCGAGAAUACAAAGAAAGGCGACGGCCAAACGAAGAAGAAAGCAGAUGGCUACACUCUGUCGUCACGGUCGGAGGGUGAUGAUGAUGAGAGACGUCCCUCACUUUGGUGGGAAAACGAAGACAUGGCGCGGCGACUUGCGAAGCAUCUGCAACCUCAACGACCCGCCCCUGCUCCCAGAAACACGCAAUCGAUUAGGGAUCGAUGCGCCAGUCAAGCCAACAGUAGCAAGAAAUCUGGUAUUUGGGGUUUGUUCAAGAAAUCCGACGAACCAGUCCGGCCAGCAGCCCCCGCGGUUGAGGAGCCCAAAGAUGACGUGGUGAUGACUGCCAAAGCUGAAGAAGUCACGUUUAGAAAGGAAAACGAGUUUGGGUUAUGGGAGACAUUGACGGGAUUUGGCAUCGUGAAUAAGCGUGCCAAUAUGCAGCUUUCUACAGACGCCCAAUAUGAUGUCCUUGUCACAGGCUCCGCCGGACAUUUGGGUCAUGCCCUCAUGAUAACUCUUCCAUCACUCGGCUUCAAGCCAAUUGGAAUCGACAUCCUCGCUUCUCCAACAACUACUUGCGUCGGCUCAAUAACAGACGAGCCCCUCAUCGCCGGCAUCUUCCAAAAAUACCCAAUCAAGCACGUCCUCCACACGGCGACUCUCCACAAACCUCACGUCGGAUCUCACACCAAAAACGACUUCGUCCAGACAAACAUUGCAGGAACUCUCGUACUUCUCGAAGAAGCAGCCAAACUCGGCGAUCAAAUCAAAAGCUUCGUCUUCUUCAGCACCACCAGCGCUUUUGGCUCGGCGCUCAGCCCCAAACCAGGCUCCCCCGCAGCUUGGAUCGACGAGACGGUCGUUCCCAUUCCCAAAAACAUCUAUGGAGUGACAAAAAUUGCGGCCGAAGAUGUUUGUCAGCUCUUCCACAAGCAGCAUAACCUUCCGAUACUGGUUCUUCGUGUGAGUCGCUUCUUUCCAGAGGAAGAUGACGAUGAAGAUCGGCGUAAUGCGAUGAGCGACGACAAUCUCAAGGUCUUGGAGAUGGCGUACCGUCGUUGUGAUAUCAAGGACAUUGUUUCGGCAACGGUAUGCGCCAUGGACAAGGCAAGACAAAUCGGAUGGUCGAAGUAUAUUAUUAGUGCGCCGCCGCCAUUCUCAAAUGAUCCAGAGACGCUGGCUGCCCUGGACAGAAAUCCAGGAGAAGUGUUUGACAAAGUAGUUCCCGCAGCUGCAGCAGUGUUUCGUGAGAAAGGAUGGAGCUACUUGGAUCGCAUGGAUAGGGUGUACGACUCGGGAAAAGCUGUCCGAGAACUCGGCUGGGAACCCGAAUACACGUUUGCAGGGAUUAUUGAGAAGUUGGCUCGCGGUGAGGAUUGGCGCAGCGAGUUGGUCGAGAUAGUUGGAAAGAAGGGAUAUCACGCCGUCAGCCAUGGCGUGUAUACCAAGUAG